AUGCGUCAACAACAUGUUAUGCUUUUAUUUCAUGAGAGACAUACCAUGGAGGUAAAAAGAGAAGGAGUCACAGCCAAGCUUAGAUCAGAGGUACCAGGAUGGUCGCCGCUGUUUGUACAUAGAUCAGGGAGUUUAUUUGCCGAACGGAUCAAGGAGGACAGUUUCCUCUUAGCGCAGGAGUUCAACGUAAAAUGUCAUUAUCUAACUGCCGACUUACUUCAGCGGUCUGAAAUUGAGAAUCUGUGUAAAAAUAAAAUUGCGGCUUUAUAUCCAGAUGGAGUUGAUAUUCUCGUUAACAACGCAGGCUUCGGUGUACAUGCUCCACUAGAGAGCUUUCCAGUUGAUAAGUGGGAUGAAAUAAUUCAGCUCGAUUUAACAGCACCGUUUGACUUGGUGCGUCUGACUGUUGGAGCCAUGAAAAAGAAAGGGUGGGGUCGUAUUAUAAAUAUAUCCUCUAUACUUAGCAAGAAAGUGGUGAAGACCUUUGUAGCAUAUAACUGUGCAAAACAUGGUCUUGACGGAUUGACAAAAACAGUGGCAAAUGAUUGCUUUGGUACUGGUGUAACCUGUAACUCUAUAUGUCCUGCCGUAGUUCAAACAUCUAUGAAUACAAAGAGGAUGGAGGCAAGAGCUGAAGUAGAUGGGAUACCCGCUGAAGAAAGUGAAGCACUUUAUUUAAAAGCAAUGAACCCAUCUGGCCAGUAUGUAACUGUUGAGCAGAUUGCAGAAGUCGCAGCUUUUCUUUGCACACCGGCAGCAGACCAAAUAACUGGUGCAAGUAUACCGGUAGAUGCCGGCAAGUGGGCUGAGUAA